CCCGCCCCGGGGCGGCAGCGCCGCCCGCCACCGGCGCCGGCCCAGGCGCAGGGACCCGCGGCUGCCCCCGGCCGCUCCCCGCCAUGGCCCCCCGCCGCUGAGGCCGCGCCGCCGCCUGCGCCUCCCCGCGCCGCGCCGGGCCGGCUCCCUCCGGCCUCCAUUCCGGGUCCGCCCCGGUUCCGGUUCCGGGUCCCGGUUCCGGUUCCGGGUCCGUCCGGGUCCGGUCCGGCGGCGGCGGUGGUCGGCGGUCGGUGGGGCCGGCGGGGCCGGCGGCGCGGCGCAAGAUGGCGGACCUGGAGGCGGUGCUGGCGGACGUGAGCUACCUGAUGGCCAUGGAGAAGAGCCGCGCCGCGCCCGCCGCCCGCGCCAGCAAGAGGAUCCUCCUGCCCGAGCCCAGUAUCCGCAGCGUCAUGCAGAAGUACCUGGAGGACCGGGGAGAGGUGACGUUCGACAAGAUCUUCGCGCAGAAGAUCGGGUACCUGCUCUUCCGCGACUUCGCCUUUAACCAGGCAGAGGAGGCCAAACCCCUGAUGGAGUUUUAUGAGGAGAUCAAGAAGUACGAGAAGCUGGACUCGGAGGAGGAGCGAACCGCCCGGAGCCGCCACAUCUUCGACCAUUACAUCAUGAAGGAGCUGCUGGCCUGCUCCCACCCCUUCUCCAAGAGUGCAACGGAGCAUGUCCAGAGCCGCCUGAGCAAGAAGCAGGUGCCCCCAGACCUCUUCCAGCCCUACAUUGAGGAGAUCUGCCAGAACCUGCGUGGGGGCAUCUUCCAGAAAUUCAUCGAGAGUGACAAGUUCACGCGAUUCUGCCAGUGGAAGAACGUGGAGCUGAACAUCCAUCUCACCAUGAACGACUUCAGCGUUCACCGAAUCAUUGGCCGCGGCGGUUUCGGGGAGGUCUACGGCUGCCGGAAAGCGGAUACGGGCAAAAUGUACGCCAUGAAGUGUUUGGACAAGAAACGCAUCAAGAUGAAGCAGGGCGAGACCCUGGCCCUCAACGAGCGCAUCAUGCUGUCCCUCGUCAGCACCGGGGACUGCCCGUUCAUCGUGUGCAUGUCGUACGCCUUCCACACUCCCGACAAGCUCAGCUUCAUCCUCGACCUCAUGAACGGGGGAGACCUGCAUUAUCACCUGUCCCAGCACGGCGUCUUCUCGGAGGCGGAGAUGCGGUUCUACGCGGCUGAGAUCAUCCUGGGCCUGGAGCACAUGCACAGCCGCUUCGUGGUGUACCGCGACCUCAAGCCGGCAAACAUCCUCCUGGACGAGUUUGGGCACGUCCGCAUCUCGGACCUUGGCCUGGCCUGCGACUUCUCCAAGAAGAAGCCCCACGCCAGCGUGGGCACCCAUGGGUACAUGGCUCCGGAGGUGCUGCAGAAAGGAGUGGCGUACGACAGCAGCGCCGACUGGUUCUCGCUGGGCUGCAUGCUCUUCAAGCUGCUCCGGGGGCACAGCCCCUUCCGGCAGCAUAAGACGAAGGACAAGCAUGAGAUCGACCGAAUGACCCUCACCAUGGCCGUUGAGCUGCCGGACUCCUUCUCCCCCGAGCUGCGCUCCCUGCUCGAGGGGCUGCUGCAGCGAGACGUCAACCGGCGGCUGGGCUGCAUGGGGCGCGGGGCUCAGGAGGUGAAGGAAGAGCCCUUCUUCAAGGGCCUGGACUGGCAGAUGGUUUUCCUGCAGAAGUACCCGCCGCCCCUGAUCCCACCCCGCGGCGAGGUGAACGCUGCCGACGCCUUCGACAUCGGUUCCUUCGAUGAGGAAGACACAAAGGGCAUCAAGCUGCUGGAGAGCGACCAGGAGCUCUACCGCAACUUCCCACUCACCAUCUCGGAGCGGUGGCAGCAGGAGGUGACAGAGACGGUCUUUGAAGCCGUCAACGCCGACACCGACAAGCUGGAGGCUCGCAAGAAGGCUAAGAACAAGCAACUGGGCCACGAGGAGGACUACGCCAUGGGCAAGGACUGCAUCAUGCACGGGUACAUGGCCAAGCUGGGAAACCCCUUCCUGACGCAGUGGCAGCGCCGCUACUUCUACCUCUUCCCCAACCGCCUGGAGUGGCGCGGGGAGGGCGAGUCGCCGCAGUCCCUGCUCACCAUGGAAGAGAUCGACUCGGUGGAGGAGACGCAGGUGAAGGAGCGCAAGUGCAUCCUGCUCCGCAUCCGCGGCGGCAAGCAGUUCGUGCUGCAGUGCGAUAGCGACCCCGAGCUGGUGCAGUGGCGGAAGGAGCUGCGGGACGCCCAGCGCCAGGCCCAGCAGCUGCUGCAGCGGGUGCCGCGCAUGCAGAACAAACCCCGCUCGCCCGUGGUGGAGCUCAGCAAAGUGCCGUUCAUCCAGCGCUCCGCCAACGGGCUUUGACCCCGUGCCGAUGCAUCCGUGCUCCCUCCUCCCCCCCUUCCCACCCCGCCUCUAAUUUAUUGGGUUGGGUUCCCGCGUGCCCCCGCUCCUUUUUGUCGUCCCCGGGCCAGGCGUUGGAGGACGCCCGGUGCCGGUCUCAGCCGCCGGGCGCGGAGCGGGUACGGCCGCGGCGUCGCCGUCCCAGCCCAGCCUCCGGCACGGAGCUGGCGCUGAGCACGCGGCGCGGCUCGGCACCUCUCCCCGGCGUUUCCCCUCCGAGUCUUCUAUGAACUCUCCGGCUAAGAUGAAGGUAGCCCCCUGCGUCCCCUCUCCGUGCCCGCCCGCUUUGCCACCGCUGUGUGUGCCAAAUGGGGCAGGUGGGUGCCCAGCUCCGGCCGGGCAGGGAACCGGCCGGCUCGUUUCACCCGUAGCCUUCGCCCACCUCCCUGCGAGCCGGCGUGCCCCGGUUUAGCUGUGCCCGUCCCCGUCGCGUGGGUGCCAAGUCCUUGGUGUGCGUGUGUGUGUGUGCGUCCGUGCCCGCCCAGCGGGACCCCCUGUAAAUACUGUGCCGUGGGUCCCCUGCACCCCUUGGCUGUGCCCCUGCCUCUCCCGCCACCCCCGCCACGGGCAAAGGGGGCACCCCCUGCCUCCCCCUGGAGCGGUGGUGGGGUGCAGGGUGGCUGAGGAGGAGGGAGCGGGUGGGAUACCACCCCCCCACCCAAAAACCAGCCUCAUGUGGCGCUGGCCCUGCUCCCCAGCAGGUGGGCGCAGGGGCAGGGUCUCCCCCAGGGCCCCCACCCCCUGCCUGUCCCGGUCCCUGGCAGCAUCUGUAAAUAUUGGUCUCGGGUCGUUCUGCUCCAGGGGCCGGGGUGGGCAGGGGGUGGCACCGGGCAGGGCCGGGGCCAGCGGUGAAUGAGGUUUUAAUGAGCAGAGACAUGAGAAUGCCAAAAAAAUAAAAUAAAAGAAUUUUUAUAAUAAAAA